CAUUCAUGGGUCAACCAAGAAUUUGAUUCAACAACCAGAAUCUUUUCAAUCCACCUACACAAGAGGACAAUUGGAACUGUCCCAUCUUUUUCUUGGAGUACUCCACAUAUCCACAUAUUCUUGAUCAAUAACUACACGCAUAAGCUUUCAACCAUUCUACCCUCAGUAAACAUGGCGGCCCAAGUCGAACAGACCCUCAUCGAUUCAACUCCCAUUUCACCCAUCAGGCCAAACCACGUCCGCCAGAACUCCCUUGAGAAGCACCUACAGACUCGGCCCAAUCCACAGGAACUCAAGGAUCGACACAUCCUUCUCGACAUCAAUGCUGCCCCAGCUCUGCAAUCAGUCGCUCAUGAUUUGGAGCGCCAACGAGCAACUGACAGUCUGAAGAAAGGUUUGGAGAGACGACCUCAUCGCGAGGACCUCGUUGAACGCCACAUCCUUCCAGAUUCCACGGCUGCUCCAGCAAUCCAAGGCCACCAGAAGGAGCUGGAGAUGCGUAUGCGUGCAGACAGCUUGAAUGAGAAGAUCUCCCAUCGGCCCAAGCCGGAAGAUUUGAUUAAGCAGGGAGUCCUGCAUGAAGAUCCGACUUCUCCGGUUGAGACGUACGAGGAGAAGAUGGAGGAUGAAUAUGCUAAGCGUGAAGGAGGUGCUUGAUCUCAAUUUUAUGGCGCAAGGUGGAUUGGAAAAGGACAC